CAAAUGCCAGUUCGCGUUAAGUUUGAACUGGCUUGAACAUUUUCUUUGUUCAAUUUAUUCAAAAAUAAAUACUAUUUUUGGCAACAAACUGUUCACAUUUCAAAAUUGCAUUUUUCUAAAUAGAUAUUUUCAUGGACUACUAUUGAAAAGGUUUAAAUAAUUGAUCACAUGAACAGUACCAACGAGAACCGUAUUAUACGUUAUCAUAAGAAAUAUAAACAUAUGAAAAAAAGAAUUAAAAGCCUAAUUAUAGAAAACGCAGCAUUGUGUGAUGAAGUGGCAAAAAUCCAAGAAAACAUACUAAUUGUAAAAGAUGAACGAAAAUUUUUGUUGCGCAAGUUACUUGAAUUAGAAAAUGAAUCUGAAACACAACAAAGUAGAUUUGAAUCUAUUACACAUAAUGGUUCAAAAGCCAAACCUAAGAAAAGACGAAGUCUUGAAGAUGGCGGAAAGAACAUAUCUAGUGCUUUAAGUUAAUCCAAUCAAAAAGUAUCUAUAUGUACUUUCUUCAAUAUUUAGACAUAAAACAUUGUUUAAUUUCAUUCUCAAAUACAUCAAGAUAGACUGUUUA